AUGACAAAUACUGAUACGUCAUCACAAAUGACUAUGGAAUUCUAUAGAAAAGCUUUGAAUUUCAAUGUCAUUGGAAGAUACGAUCCUAAAAUAAAACAACUGUUGUUUCACACACCACAUGCCUCCAUCUAUAAAUGGGAUUUUACCACAGAUGAAUGGAAUAAGCUAGAAUGCCAAGGUGUAUUGGCAAUUUACCUACGUGAUAUUGCAAGCUCUCCAAAUGAUAUGCUACCCACUUUAAUUGAUGAUUCAACGGAUACAAUGUUGAAUAGUACUAACAACGGUACUACAAAUAAUAGUAUUACUACUUCCAAUAUUAAUAAAGAAAAGGAUACUUCUUCAAAUAUGAAUCCAACAGUUUUGACUGGUAAGGAUAUUUAUAACUAUGGACUCAUAGUUUUAAACAGAAUUAAUCCAGAUAAUUUUUCUUUGGGAAUUGUACCGAAUAGUGUUAUAAAUAAGAGAAAGUUAUUUGAAGCGGAAGAAGAUUCGAAAAAUCCAUUAGAAAAAAUGGGUGUUGAAGUAAAAGAUGAUUUGGUUAUUAUUAAAAAUUUAAAACACGAAGUUUAUGGGAUUUGGAUUCAUACUGUACCUGAUAGACAAAACAUUUAUGAAUUAAUUAAAUAUUUAUUGGAAAACGAUCCAAAGGAAUCCUUUGCAUGA